AUGACGGGGUCGGCAUCUAAGCGUCCACGUCGGAGCGAGGAGCAAUGCCUGUACUGCGGCGCCAAGAGGAAGAAGCACCUGUAUCUGGCGCUGGAUGAGCGCAAGCAGGGUGGGUACCUAGGAUUCAGCAUCCACAAGCUCGACGCCGACAACAUGGAGGAUGACGAACUCCCCGAACCUGCGCUCCGAUUUGCGGCGCCAGAUCGUGCGCCGAUGGUCUUCACCGCCAUGGGCACCAGUAUCUUCGUCGCCACCAGCCCGCACCUCAGGGAGGGCAAUCAGGAGGAGCCCCCUACCCUCGUCUACGACACAGAUCGGUCCGCGCCUUCCCGAUGGCUACCUUGGUGA